GCGGAAAUGACGUUUUAAGAUCAUAAAGAGUACCAUUUUGCGAAGAUUAACAGUAGAGGCUUUUUUUCAUGACAAGCAGGUCAAGCGAAAAAGCUAGCUGACCCAUGCCAUGGUUUUUUGGAUGCAGCAGCAGGCGAGAGAUGGGGGGAGAGAAAAAGAAAGGGAAUAUGCAUUUGAGCCUCGUUUCGUUUCGCGGCUCAUUUCAUUUUUGUUUUCAGCUCUAGCGCAAGUCAUCCGUCGGACCCCAGGUUGCUACUCUUCUAUUUAUGGUGGCAGGGAAUCUAUUGCUUUCUGUUCUGCCACCUUCCUCAGCUAUCCCUGUCAACUUCAUCUCCUCUCUCUCUUCCCUUCCACUCCUUCCUCUCCGGUUGAUCUAUGACAACUUCCAUUAGUUCAGACCUCAGGGAGAUGCAUCUCCACUGAUGGGCUCUGAAGGAGAGGAGAUGGGCCAGAAGGAGAAAGAAGAGGGGAUAUGGAAGAGACCCUUCUCCCCCUCCUCUGCUCUUUGUCGGUUCUUCACACGGCUGCUCCCACCGCUGCUGCUGUGUGUAAUCUUACCUCCCCGCUUCCCUUAGAACGCAAACGCAAGGUGAUUAGUGUGAAGUGAUUGUGUUUGCUUCUUGAGGACUAGAAUUUCUUGUGAACCAUCAACCGGUGAGCGAGUAUGAAGAGGUCGCUCAGUUACUCGGAUCAUCCGUCGAUGCCCGCUGGAGACGAGCGGGGCAUGUUCCAGUCGUUCAUGGACGGGCUGGAGGACGACGACGGCGUGGAGCAGGAGGAGAUGUGCAACGGCGGGGAGCGGGGGUCAAAGAAGCGCCGGCUGAGCGUAGAGCAGGUGAGAGCGCUGGAGAAGAACUUUGAGGUGGACAACAAAUUGGAGCCGGAGCGGAAGGUGAGGCUGGCGCAGGAGCUCGGGCUCCAGCCCCGGCAGGUCGCCGUCUGGUUCCAGAACCGCCGCGCCCGGUGGAAAACCAAGCAGCUGGAGCACGACUACGCCGCCCUCAAGGCCAGCUACGACGCGCUCCGCCUCGACUACGACGCCCUCCGCCGUGACAACGAGUCCUUGAUUGCAGAGAUCAAGGAGCUGAAGACCAAGUUGACCGCCUCCGACAAGGAGGAAGCGAUGACCUCCAAGGCCGAGGAAAAGGCCGCGGCCCCGGAGGAGCCGCUGGCCAAGGACGGGUCUUCGGACAGCGACUCGAGCGCCGUCCUGCUGAACGACCAGGACAGCCCCCGAGGGCGGUCGUCGUCGGCGUCGGUCUCCAACAUCCUGCCAGCGGCAGGCAUCGGACAUGGAAACUCCUCGUCCUUCCCGGAUUCUCCGCCACCUCUGCUGAACCUGGACUCGAGGACGAUGAAAACAGUUGGAGGACUUGAUCAUCAGAACCAUGCCAUGAAGACGGAAGAGCUUCUUGGCGGGGACGAGCCAUGCGGCAGUAGCUUCUUCUCUUACGACCAAACUCCAUUCCCCAAUUGGUACUACUGGACCUGAGGUGGCGACGACGGUGGACGGGGAUGAUAAUAAGAUUGAAAUGGUGGGAGUCUAAUGGAAAAAUGUUUGUAUAUAGAACAUGUAUGCAGGUUUCCUAAUGUUCUACCGAAGAAAGAGGGAGGGAGGCGACUGUUAGAACCCAAAAGAAGAGAAGAGUUUGAUCUAUUUCUAUCUGAAUAAAAAUUAAGCGAGCAAUCUUUUACUUUCUAA